GUCACUUACGAUGCGGGUUACGACGAGGCCAACCGGACGCUCGAGGAGCUGAUGUGCUCGGACGGCGAGAACGGCGUCAUGUGGAAGUACGGGUGGGAGACACAAGCUGAUGUGCCCAGCUUCCCAUACAUUGGUGGUGUCCAGACAAUCAGCGAGUGGAAUUCGACCAACUGCGGUACUUGCUGGCAGGCGACGUACCGGGGCAAGACAAUCUACAUCCUGGCCAUUGACUUCACGACCCAGGGGCUGAACAUUGGCUUCGACGCCAUGAAUGACCUGACGAGCGGGCGGGCGUGGGCUCUGGGCCGCGUCGAUGCCAUUGUCACCGAGGUGCCUCUCAGCAGCUGUGGCUUGUAA